ACGCGUGCUCGUACGCCAUUGGCUGUGGGACUUCCGGGUUGUAUUUUGUUUUUCAGGCAGACUCGAGCAUGGCCGUGGAGCUCUGGAACAGAGUCAACGUCCCUUUUCCCAGCGCCGUGUCCGCUGUCCGCGUGCCCUUCACCGCACAGACAGCUGCAGACGUUGAAACGCUGCUGACGGAGCGCGAAAAUGUGCUGAAGCUGCUCCGCAGUGAGAUGCUUCAGACGGAGGUCAGGCUGCUGUACGAGCUGCUGUACGUCCUGAACAACAGCUACCGGGGCAACAAGACGUUCAAGGCACUGAAGCAGGUGGAGCAGUGUGUGAACCGGCUGAAGAACAUGAAGCUCGAUGCUGCUCUUCAGGAACUGUCAGAUCUGUGUCCGAACAGGAUCCAGAGGCAGCUGAGCAUCAAGGACGGCCAGUGUGUCGUUCCCAGUCAGCCCACGCUGGAGUGGAUCUGUCUCAAAGUGCUGGGGGCCGCUCGGCUGACGAGCUGCACGCUGCGUCGCUGCAGCAGAGCUUUCACACUCGCAAAGCAGCAGAUGAAGUGGGAGGAGUUUGUCAUCCUGAACGUGGUGAUAACCAGCAUGCUCAGCCGUCUGUGGGUGAUUUUCCGUGGCGUGCUGCUCGCCCUGUCCGGCCUCUACCGGCAGCUCCUGGAGCUUCUCAGAGACGUAGCCCGAGUCCAGCCCAUGCCCUUCCUCACAGACUUCUCCCUGCCAGCUGAUCUGGCUCAGUUCCUCGGUCCCUCUGAUGCUUUGUUAUUGACCAAGCCUGCGGCGCACAGCAGAGCGCGGCAGGAAAAGAAGCAGGCGGCGAAGAAACUUACAGCUGAAGCCAAGAAGACCUGCGCGCAGAAAAGAAAGCUCAAAGAAGACCUCGGCGUUGCAGUUAUAAGAGGCGUCGGCCUCGCAGCAGACAGGAAGUCUUUUUUCAAGCUGUGCAGGACUUUCACAGAGGGCAAGUCGACGCCCAAACAAACGAGCAGAGCUGACAGGAGACACGAGUUCCAGAAGCAGGUGAGAGAUGCUGCUUCUUUCUCACACCUGGAGAUCCGUGUGGACGAGAUGAUUCGCUGGUGCAAAUCCCAGAGGAUGGGAAAGGAAAAACGCCUUUUAACCUUCCUGCAGUUAAAGUGCCGGCAGAUGAAAUGCCUGGAGGCAGCGGGCUACAACGUCCAGAGGAAGCUGCAAACCUUCAAAAAGGAAGCUUGCUGGGCUUCAUCUCCAGAAGGAUCAGCGCCAAAGACCUUACGUUCGCUCGCCUCGAGGAGACGUGUCCACGGGAGAAUUCGUUUUCAUACUCUCAGGAGGCUUAUGAUGAGAGGCGGCGUAAAAAGGAAAGAGCAGGCGGGACGACAGACACGAGCUCGACUUAGCGGGGACGACCUGAGAAGCGGGACCGCUCGAGAGGCGACGUGUCGGAGCACAGUCACUCACGAUGACAUCGAUGACAUUUUUGCCUCUGCAGGUCUGUGAAGCCCGAAAGCGCCGAUUUAAGGUCACAGACAGACGAACAGUCUGAGCAGGUUUGGAAGCAGAAGCUGUGCUCGCCAUGUUUAAUGUGUCUCUCAUUAAAAGCUAUAAAGCACGGAAACAACUGAACCCCCCCAGACUAAAAGAUUCUGUUUUAAUUUGGGUACGCAUGGAACACACACUCACCAGCCACUUCAUUAGGUACGCCUGUUCCAGCUGCUCGCAUACACACGUGUAACCGCUGGUUCGCAUCAAGAUAUGCAGUAAAGCAUCUGUGGAUGCACAGCACGUCAACGGUUAAAGAUCACAGCGAGCGUCGCUGCUGAGGUCCAGCCGAGCUGGUUUCCUGAACUUGCCUGAAGGAUGUUGGCUGCAGUCUCAAAGCAGAGCCAUGAUGAAUGAACCCAACCCAGUAUUAGACACCUGAUACGGUGAAUGUGUGAAAUCAAAUGUAAGAGAAAAUAAAUUAACUGAUGGAGCUGAAAUA